AUGGCUACAUAUUACGAUUUAUUACGAGAUGAGAACGAUUCGUUUUAUGUUCAAUUCGACACUCCAACUCCUAGGCCUCACUUCAUCAUAUUACCUAAAAAGCAGGCAGGUAUUGAGCGUGAUUUUAGCCAGAUGACACCGGAGCAAAGAAAGAAGCUUAUGGAAGCGGUUCAGUCUAUGAUGUCAAGUUUUAAAGUGCCUAGUGGUAUUUUGUCCAUUCACCGAGGAUCGUGGUUGUCCAGGAAUACGAAAGGAUUUCUUGCCCAUAUUUGCGUAGAUGUCGAGCUAUAUUUGCACGUUUUUGAGCAACAAAAGAGUAUCAUUCCUACGUGGCCAAAUAAGACGUAUGUAACAGGCGAAUGGAAGGUGAAUGAUGACCCAAAGUCAUACCCCCAAAAUGUCCGUGGCUAUAUAUAUCGUCAUAGCAGGUACCUUGAUGAAGAAGUGGCCGCCAUCUGGAAACUAAUGUUUGUUCCGAGGCCGAUUUUUCGCGAGCUUGACGAACCGGACAUAUCAGUGAUUCAACACCCAAGCCAUCCCAAAAUCGGGUUAGUUGGGAAGAAAAUCCCUUUAGAAGAAUUGGUUUGGACGAUCGAGAAUUUUGCCCAAAAGCUCGGUUUAACUAACAGGAGAUCGAACGAUGGCUGUAAUGUGUGUUUGCAUUUGGGUUUGGGUAAGUUUAUACAUACAGGAACAGCAUACUUCAUUCGAUACCCGCACCAAUUCUGUACCAUUAAAUAUUAUUGUGUUCGAUAUAAAAUGACGAGUUUGAAUGCUUUGAUUUAUGUGUUUGAAAUGAUUUUGUUUUCUUUGGUAGUUUCAACUGAAGAUUGGAAGCACGACUGUGAGACGGGAAAGGAAAUUUUUGGAUACAUUGUGACUUGUGGGCCUCGCUUCUACCGACUGUGUCCUUUGGGAGUUCGAAAGAAAUGGUUUGCUGCUUUCAGACAGUCCAAGUUUGCUUGUUUGACUUAA